AUGACAGCAGUUUUAGUUCUUCUUUUUCUAAUAUUCAUUUUUAAUACAAUCUAUGCUGAAUUAUAUCCAAUAGUUUUAUUUAAUCAUACGAAUCUAGAAAAUAAUAUUUGUUAUAUGACAAAUAUAGAAAAUAAAACUAAUCAUUGGUGUGAAUUAGUUACAUCUGAAUUCAUUUUACCAACAAUAAAAACAUGUGUAACAAUUAAUGAAAGUUUAUCAAAUCUUGAUGAUCAAACAAUAAUUAAUGAAUGGAUUGAUCGAUCAAUAGCAAUAACAAAUUGUUCGUAUUAUCUUUUAUCAUCAAUGACAAUAUCUCAAAAACGUAUUUUAACAAUAGUACAAUCAAUAUUAUUAUUUAUUCUUUUUUUACCAUUUAUUUUUGAAUUAAGUUUAACUAUUAUUCAAUAUUGUUUUUAUUAA